AUGGCGACGUCGCUCGCCGCCGCCGCCGCGUCCGUCGCCCCGCGCGCGACCGCGCGCCCCGCGCGUCCGCGAGCCGCCGCGCGCGGCGUCCGCGGCGGCUCCCGCUCCGUCGUGGUCAGAGGCAAGAAGGGCGCGUGGGCGAAAGAGUUCGACCCGGACUACGAGAAAGACAAGGAGGUGGUGGAGAUCACCGCGGAGGCGGAAGGCUGGCCGGGGCUCGCGAAGGACACGGAGGUGGAGACGUACAACAUCCUCACGAAGCUCACGGGCCCGCUCAACAUCACGUGGAACGGCAUCGGCGUGAUCCAAGUCCCCAAGGGCGCGACAAGAAGGAGAGCGAAACCCUUCCGCCUCCGCGUUGAUCUCCACCACCUCCUGAUCUGUCUCGUAGUCCGAGUCGAACUCUAUCGCCCACGCGCCCGUCUGGCCACGGACCACGACGGAGCGGGAGCCGCCGCGUCCGUCGCCCCGCGCGCGACCGCGCGCCCCGCGCGUCCGCGAGCCGCCGCGCGCGGCGUCCGCGGCGGCUCCCGCUCCGUCGUGGUCAGAGGCAAGAAGGGCGCGUGGGCGAAAGAGUUCGACCCGGACUACGAGAAAGACAAGGAGGUGGUGGAGAUCACCGCGGAGGCGGAAGGCUGGCCGGGGCUCGCGAAGGACACGGAGGUGGAGACGUACAACAUCCUCACGAAGCUCACGGGCCCGCUCAACAUCACGUGGAACGGCAUCGGCGUGAUCCAAGUCCCCAAGGGCGCGGACAAGAAGGAGAGCGGAAACGUGUGCAAGACGGUGCUCGUGCAGAGGAAAGAGCAGGUGCUCGCGGAGUGCGAUCGGCUGUACCCGAAGAUGAAGGGCAAGCCGAAGGAUUACGUGAUACAGUUGUUCGAGGACCCGUACGCGGACCCGGUGGAUCUGAGCGCGGUCCCGCCCGCGGGGUUAGAGCCCGUGCCCGCGGAGAUCAAGUACAUGCCCAAGGGGAAGCGGUAUCCGUAUUGA